CUUUUAAUAGAUGCCGUAUCCUUGGUGUCAUCCAUGGCGUGCAUAUUUUCCUCACUGUUUUGGAGGGGUUUGGAACUAGUGACAUGGCAACUACUGAGAAAAGACCCUUAGAAAGAGAGGCACAAGCCUCCUCAGAUACUCCUGUGGAGAAGAAAGUGAAGGUUGUUGACACUUGUGAUUCAGACGAUAAACAAAAUGAUGGUGAUGUCAUUGAAAAUGGUGCUGCUUCAGACACAAAACUGCAAGAGGAAAGUGCUGAAAAUCAGAAAAAACACACAGAUUCAAAUGAAUCUAAUAAUGGAGCCUUGCAGUCAGAAGAAUCUUGUGAGUCAGAAAAGCAAGACAAUUUUGAAAAUAGUGCAAAUGAAAGCUUAAAUGACAAAGCUUCUGAGGAAGUGAGCAAUAAGUUAACGGAAAGAGAGCAGGAAGAAGCUACAAAUGGGAAAGAACAAGAUGGGGAGGCUGCCGUUGCCUUAGAUGAAAGCAGCCGAGAUUCUACCAUUUCCACUGGAUCAGCAUCAGGUGCCAAUACCCAAACAGCACCUGAAGGAAAGAAAAGAUUCAGAGUGCCUCAGUCAGAGCACAUUGGUGUUCUACUUUUGGCUGGACAGCACAACUGGGACAUGUGUGGCCGACAUAGGAACUCCAAGUGUGCAGAGAGGAGUUCUGAAAAGGGUCCGUUAUGGACAUUCCAUCGGAUCAAGGAUCUUGAGGGUAUUAGGGUGAGGAGAGUGGUAUCACAUUGCACUGCUGCACAUACUAUCAUCAUCACAGAGGAAGGAAAGACAAUGGCCUGGGGUCGGAAUGAGAAGGGACAGCUGGGUGUUGGGGAUACUGUGAGGAGGGAUCACCCAACCAUGAUAGAGGAUCUCAAAGACUUUAGAGUUGUUGAUGCUGCUUGUGGAAGGAGUCACACUCUUGUUCUUACAGAUCGUGGCUCUGUGUUCACUUUUGGAGAGAACAAGAUGGGUCAGCUGGGUCUGGGCAAUCAACAUCCUGUUAUUCAUACUCCAAGCAAGAUCACAUUCAAGGAGGGGCCAGUGGUCAAGGUUGCCUGUGGAGCUGAGUUCAGCAUGAUUAUUACUAACAGGGGCUGUCUGUAUUCAUUUGGAUGCCCUGAAUAUGGACAGUUAGGAAAUAAUACAGAUGGCAAGUAUUUUGCACACAACAACCGUCUAACCUUCAAUUGUGAACUCCUGCCAAUACGGGUGAGCAUCUUCAUUGAAAAAACCAAAGAGGGCCUCAUUUCCCCUGUGGAUAAUGUCUUCAUUACGGAUAUUGCCUGUGGGACCAAUCAUACGAUUGCAACAGACUCUCAGAAACGAGCCUUCAGUUGGGGUUUUGGUGGCUAUGGAAGAUUAGGGCAUGCAGAACCCAAGGAUGAGUUUGUACCUCGACUAAUCAAGGCCUUUGAUGGCCUCAAUCGAGGAGUAAAGAAAGUCUUUGCCGGGAGCAUCUUUUCUCUGGCCAUUGGUGAACUUGGUGGAUUGUUCCUUUGGGGUCAGACUAAGAGGGCAGGAGAUGCAAACAUGUAUCCAAAGCCUGUACAGGACUUCCAUGGAUGGGAUGUACGUGAUGUUGCAUGUGGGAAUUCCAGCUUGGUGGUUGUUGCUGAGGACACCCUUGUUACUUGGGGACCCAGUCCCACCUUUGGCGAGUUGGGUCAUGGAGAGCGGCUUAAGUCAACAUCAAAACCAAUGGAAGUGAGCUACAUGGAGGGAGUGCACAUCCAUACUGCCUCUUGUGGGAUUUGCCAUACACUUCUCAUUGCAAAAGAUGACACUGAAGAAGAUCGGCAGAAACUCGAGAAGUUCGCUGUGUUUGAACCUUGACGAUCUGCACACAUCUCAUCUCAUCUUGUCUUCCUUGCACCCUUCCUACAUGCUGCACGAAGGCACCUCAAAAUAAUUAAGCAGGGUAAUGGGUUGGAUCUAUCCUCAGCUCUUGCCUGUUUUACAGGGUAUGACAAAAAAAGACUAAACUUUUAGCCAAUAAAUUUCUGCUUGUACUUAUACUUUUUUCUUGCAACUUGGACUGUGUGUAGGCUGUUUCCAUGGGAUUUGUGAAAUUUUGCCAAAAUUUAAUGUGCUGAAGUGUGGCUAUAAGCAAUCAUUCAGAAGAGGGAUAUUAAAAAUGCAGAGGAACCCAUUCAGAUAGUACUGGGGGGAAAUGCCUUUAUGCUCUGACUGCUUAUCUUCCAGGCCACAUU